ACGUCAGAGUGUCAACAUGCAAGAUGGCGGCGCAUCACCGGCAGAACACGGCCGGGCGGCGGAAAGUGCAGGUCUCCUAUGUGAUUAGAGAUGAAGUGGAGAAGUAUAACCGAAAUGGGGUAAAUGCACUUCAGCUGGAUCCAGCAUUAAAUAGGCUCUUCACAGCAGGGCGAGACUCUAUUAUAAGGAUAUGGAGCGUCAAUCAGCACAAGCAAGACCCUUACAUAGCAUCUAUGGAGCAUCACACAGAUUGGGUGAAUGAUAUUGUGCUCUGCUGCAAUGGCAAAACAUUGAUAUCUGCUUCUUCAGAUACAACUGUGAAAGUGUGGAAUGCACAUAAGGGAUUUUGCAUGUCAACACUGCGGACGCACAAGGUGAAGAACAUUGAUUAUGUGAAAGCCUUGGCAUACGCGAAAGAUAAGGAACUGGUAGCAUCUGCUGGGCUGGACAGACAGAUAUUCCUCUGGGAUGUAAAUACUCUAACAGCACUGACUGCCUCAAAUAACACUGUAACAACUUCUUCCUUGAGUGGGAACAAAGACUCUAUCUACAGCCUUGCAAUGAAUCAAAUGGGAACAGUUAUUGUGUCAGGGUCCACUGAAAAGGUUCUAAGGGUGUGGGAUCCAAGAACUUGUGCAAAAUUAAUGAAACUCAAGGGGCACACGGACAAUGUAAAAGCUUUGCUGUUGAACAGAGAUGGCACCCAGUGUCUUUCAGGCAGCUCUGAUGGGACCAUCCGCCUGUGGUCCCUUGGGCAGCAGAGAUGCAUAGCGACAUACCGUGUCCACGAUGAAGGUGUUUGGGCUCUGCAGGUCAAUGAGGCCUUCACUCAUGUUUAUUCAGGGGGAAGAGACAGGAAGAUUUAUUGCACAGACUUACGAAAUCCUGAUAUCCGUGUGCUUAUCUGUGAAGAAAAGGCACCAGUUCUUAAGAUGGAACUUGACAGAUCAGCUGAUCCUCCUCCAGCGAUCUGGGUCGCAACGACGAAAUCCUCUGUGAAUAAAUGGACUUUGAAGGGAAUUCAUAAUUUCAGAGCAUCUGGAGAUUAUGAUAAUGAUUGUACCAAUCCUAUACCACCCCUGUGUACACAGCCUGACCAAGUUAUAAAAGGGGGUGCUAGUAUCAUUCAGUGCCACAUUCUUAAUGACAAGAGACACAUAUUAACCAAAGACACAAAUAAUAACGUGGCAUACUGGGAUGUCUUGAAGGCGUGUAAAGUUGAAGACCUUGGGAAAGUAGAUUUUGAGGAAGAAAUUAAGAAGAGAUUUAAAAUGGUGUAUGUGCCAAACUGGUUCUCAGUAGAUUUGAAAACGGGGAUGUUGACAAUUACUUUGGAUGAAAGUGACUGUUUUGCAGCCUGGGUGUCAGCAAAGGAUGCUGGAUUUAGCAGUCCAGAUGGUUCUGAUCCAAAAUUAAACCUUGGAGGGCUUCUGCUACAGGCACUUCUGGAGUAUUGGCCUAGGACACAUAUCAAUCCAAUGGAUGAAGAAGAAAAUGAAAUAAAUCAUGUGAAUGGUGAGCAGGAGAACAGAGUCCAGAAAGGAAAUGGAUAUUUCCAAGUGCCGCCACAUACACCAGUUAUUUUUGGUGAGGCUGGAGGACGCACUUUGUUCAGGUUAUUAUGUCGGGAUUCAGGUGGUGAAACUGAGUCUAUGCUUCUUAACGAAACUGUGCCACAAUGGGUCAUCGACAUCACUGUGGACAAAAAUAUGCCCAAGUUCAAUAAGAUUCCCUUCUACCUCCAACCUCAUUCAUCAUCAGGGGCAAAAACUCUGAAAAAAGAUCGAUUGUCAGCAAGCGACAUGCUUCAGGUGAGGAAAGUGAUGGAGCAUGUGUACGAGAAGAUCAUUAACUUGGAUACUGAGUCUCAGACAACAAGCUCCUCCAACAAUGAAAAAGCAGGAGAGCAAGAGAAAGAGGAGGACAUCGCUGUGCUAGCGGAGGAGAAGAUUGAACUUCUGUGCCAGGACCAGAUUUUGGAUCCCAAUAUGGACCUUCGAACUGUAAAGCACUUCAUUUGGAAGAGUGGUGGUGAUCUGACACUUCAUUAUCGCCAGAAAUCAACGUGAAGACAGUGGUGGACCCAAAUGGUUGCUUAUUGACUUGACCAUACUGUACUGGUUCCAAGAGUAGUACUAUAGAAGCCCACUGAACCCCUAAGGUAGAUGAGACCUCUAAUGACUCAGUAUGGACGGCAAGUAUACAUUUAACUGAAGUGACUAAUAGCUCUGUAAUAUAGAGGAAAAGAAUCUAUAUGACUUCAACUAUAGUCUCCACUAGUCUCAGCCAGUGAGCUGGGAAGUCCCUGAGUGGUUCGUGUCGUGUGAGGUGUACAGAGAACAGAUGAUAACCCAGUGCAGACUUUUGCUUCCUCCUUUUUGCUUUUGUUUUCCUCACCUGCUCACGCUUGGUAUGAAGCUGUUUUGGCCACAUUAACCGUUGCAUUCACAAUGCCAUUCAGAACCGCACUCAAGGUGCUUUUAGUACAUUCCAUUCAUAAAGUUCCUGCAGUGGUUUCUCACAGGUUGUUUGAACAUUUCUGCCACAGAAAGGAAUGUGGAGAAGAAACCCAACAGCAAAUAAGACAUUGUGAAUGAAUCGCCCAUGUAGUUGCACGUGAAGGGUCAGCAUUAGAGUCCUGUUAACAUGCAAAAAGAACACUAGAGGAGUAUUGUAACGGGGUCAGUCCAGUGAUGCUGUGCAUCGUAACAGAGUGACAAUGCUUGGCAGCAGUCACAGAGGGUUUCUGGUUGGUUGGUUUUAGACACGUGUGACUACUUCCUGCACUGUGCACUUAAACUAGUGUGUGGCCAGAACACCUAGUUUUGGUAGCUGUGCUCAAAAGUGAUGGGACAUUAUGGUAAAACUUCAGAGCAUUCUGAAAUAACUUCAUAUGUUUUCAUGUUAAACUUAAGAAACUUCUCAGCAGAUUUCAUAUUCAUGAUACAAAAAUACUUAUUCCUUCUUUCUCCACAGUUUUCUAUGCAGUUAUUCUUUUGUUAUAGAUGGAUGUGGAUCUUCUUUUCACUGCUAUUUCUAAAGCUCUGUGACUGUCGUAGACUCAUGAUAGUCUUUUAUAGAGUUUAACUUAUUAUUGGGGGGGAGAGGGUAAAGGCAUUUUGGCUUUUCAUGGAAUUAUGUGGGGCUGUCCCAGAAACCCAUUUGUAGCCAGAAUAAAUAGCAAACAGCUCACAAUGAAGUGGUGUACAAACAGCUCUUGUCUGAAGCAGAAGCACAAGUGCCUUCCAAGGGCAGUGUAUUACUUGAGUUUCUUCAGGAGACAUAGGCUUUUGCCCUUCCUCUAUCUUAGGUUGGGGCCUAAAGGAAUUCCCAAUAAAUUGUAUUACUGGGAUUGUAUUGGUCAAACAAAAAGUACAGCGUUUUUCAUCCUAUUGUAUUUAAGAAGAAAACAGUCAGAUGGUUCCCUUCUGCACUCUUUAACCCAGCUGAACAAGCUGAUGGCUUAAACAGCAGGUGUGGUUCACGACUAAGCUAGCCUGUCUUCUGAGUCACUUUCAGUUUCUGAUGCCCAUUCCUGUGUGCUCAGUUGGACACACCUGUGCCACAACUGCACAUUUGUAGUGGUAUUUCUGAAUUGAAUAGUUAAACAGAACUGUAGCUUUCACUGGUAAAUUGUUCUGAGUUGUAUUUAUUUACAGCAAGGGUCUACACUUGUGCCAGUAGGCACUGUUUGUGGGUUGGUUUGGGGUUUUUCUGGCUGUCCUGCUGUCCCAUUGCUCCCAGUAUCUUUGUUUGAAAUCAGUCAAGGUUGUAAUUCUUCUUUUUCUUUUUUUCCCCUUUCUAACCAUCCCAAUACACAGUUUCAGGAAAGUUAUACAAAAGAGUCUGCAAUGCCAGAGGGAUAAAUGAUGUUUCACAGUUGUAUAGAAUAAAAGGCUUUAGUUACAACA